AUGGGGGAGAUUGGGUUCCUGUCUCAUAGUGCAAUGGCAGAGCCCCGUGAUGAAAUGGGUAAUUUCUCAGAGGCGCUGACGAUGGGCCGCAUGGUUCGAGCUGCAAUGGCUCUAUCUGGCGCAACGCCAUCUCAGUCAAGCGUCGAUCCUUACAUGCUGAGGAUUGCCUCAAUGGGCGACUCGACUGUCGAUAUCGGUAGAGAUCUAGCUGCACCUUUCCUCACUACCUUCCUUCAAACAAUAGGAUCACAAUUCCUCCACAUUGAUUCGAAGGAUUUACGGACGGAUUUUGAUGCUAUAUUCAAUAACUCUUCUACUUUGUCAGAUGACAUUAUCUCAAUACCCGAUGCAAAGAUUUUUGUUGUCUAUAUUUAUGUAGCUACAGGCGUCUUAGUCUCACAGGAUUCAGGAGCCCUUCAAGGACUUGCUGGUGCCCUCUACCGAAAAGCUUCGAAACUGCUCCCAGCAAUCAUGAAGUCUGGCAAUAGGAUUGAAAUGCUAAGUUGCAUGUUGUCUUUGGCCCUCUACUCGAUGCAAAGUCCACAGGGCGGAUCGACAUGGCAUCUCGUUGGGUUGGCAAUGAAAAAGGCAAUUGCCUUCAGAUUCCACAAUGACCCGGAAUCUUUGGGUACUAUACCUUCUCAUGCAUUCCUUAUGCGACGUAAUAUCUUCUGGAGUCUCUAUAGCAUUGACCGGUAA